AUGCCUGUUUGGAAAAUAAAUUGUUUAAAAAGUGAAGAUGGUACAAAUCCAUCAAUAUUAUCAUCAACAACAAUAGAUGAAACAAAUAAAAUUGGAUAUAUACCGUCAUCUAUUGAUCAUCAAAAUUCAGCUGUAACGACUUUUGAUACUCAUAGUUUACCUUCAACUCCAUCAUCUAUAAUUCGUCGUGAACAAAAACAACGAUAUUAUCAACAUUCACCUAUUCGUAAGUUUAGUUGGAUUAUUAUAGGUUUUUUUCUUGUUUUUUUGUAUGUUAAUCUUGAUUAUCAUCUAAAAGAAGAAUAUUGA